AAUUGAGUGAUUCGAUUGUCUGUGUUUAUUCGUUUUAACGUUAUCUCGAAAUGCCUAACGCCAUUGGGAUCGAUCUUGGUACAACAUAUUCGUGUGUUGGUGUUUUCCAGCAUGGCAAAGUGGAGAUAAUUGCCAAUGAUCAGGGUAACAGAACGACACCGAGUUAUGUGGCGUUCACAGAUGCUGAGCGUUUAAUUGGUGAUGGAGCAAAGAACCAAGUGGCUAUUAAUCCAACAAAUACAGUGUUUGAUGCGAAGCGGCUAAUCGGUCGUCGUUUUGAUGAUCCAUCAGUUCAGAGUGAUAUGAAGCAUUGGCCAUUUGAGGUGGUUCAAGUCGGUGGUAAGCUGAAGAUUCGUGUUGAGUAUAAGGGUGAGAAAAAGUUGUUCUCCGCGGAGGAGAUUUCGUCGAUGGUGUUGACGAAAAUGAAGGAGGUUGCUGAAAGUUAUUUGGGCAGGACAGUGAGUGACGCGGUUAUAACAGUUCCUGCUUACUUCAAUGACAGUCAACGUCAAGCAACGAAAGAUGCAGGUGCUAUAGCUGGUCUUAAUGUGUUGAGAAUCAUUAAUGAGCCGACGGCUGCGGCAAUUGCCUAUGGUUUAGACAAGAAGGUUGGUGGUGAGCGUAAUGUGUUGAUAUUUGAUUUGGGUGGUGGUACAUUUGAUGUGUCCAUCUUGACAAUUGAGGAUGGUAUAUUCGAGGUGAAGUCUACUGCUGGUGAUACACACUUGGGAGGUGAAGAUUUUGACAAUCGUCUGGUGGAUCACUUUGUGAAAGAGUUCCAGAAGAAAUUUGGUAAAGACAUUCGUGACAAUAAGCGUGCAUUGCGUCGCCUGAGAACAGCAUGUGAACGUGCGAAACGUACAUUGAGUUCGAGCACCCAAACGAAUCUGGAGAUUGACUCGUUGUGUGAUGGUAUUGAUUUUUACACGUCGAUUACUCGUGCACGAUUUGAGGAGUUGAAUGCCGAUCUAUUCCGUGGUACAUUGGGUCCUGUUGAGAAGGCUUUGCGAGAUGCUAAGAUGGAUAAGGCCCAGAUUCACGAAAUAGUGUUGGUUGGUGGUUCCACUCGUAUCCCUAAGGUACAGAAGCUGUUGCAGGACUUCUUCAACGGGAAGGAGUUGAACAAAUCUAUUAAUCCGGAUGAAGCUGUGGCUUAUGGUGCAGCUGUGCAGGCAGCUAUUCUAAGUGGUGACAAGUGUGAGGCUGUGCAAGACUUGCUGUUGCUUGACGUGGCUCCAUUAUCACUGGGUCUUGAAACGGCUGGUGGUGUAAUGACGGCUCUGAUUAAGCGUAAUACAACAAUCCCGACGAAACAGACUCAAACGUUCACGACGUACUCGGACAACCAGCCUGGUGUGCUUAUCCAGGUGUUCGAGGGUGAGCGUGCUCUGACGAAGGAUAACAAUCUGCUUGGCAAGUUCGAACUCUCAGGUAUCCCACCUGCUCCUCGUGGUACUCCCCAGAUUGAGGUGACGUUUGAUAUAGACGCGAACGGUAUUCUGAACGUAUCUGCUGUUGACAAGGGUACAGGGAAGCAGAACAAGAUAACGAUUACAAAUGACAAGGGCCGUUUGACGAAGGAGGAGAUUGAACGAAUGGUAGCCGAUGCGGACAAGUACAAGGCUGAGGAUGAGAAGCAGAGAGAUCGUGUUUCUGCGAAGAACUCGCUUGAGAGUUAUGUGUACACAAUGAAACAGCAAGUGGAGGGUGAGCUUAAAGAAAAGAUAUCUGAAAGUGAUCGUCAAGUGAUAUUAAGUAAGUGUGAGGAUACAAUUGGUUGGUUGGACGUUAAUCAAAUGGCGGAGAAGCAUGAGUAUGAGAGUAAGCGGGAGGAGUUGGAGAAGGUCUGUGCGCCGAUAAUUACGAAGGUGUACCAGGCUGGUGGUAUGCCAGGAGGCAUGCAUGAAACAGGUGGUGCUGGUGGUGGAAGUGGUAAGGGACCAACGAUUGAGGAGGUCGACUAACCUGUAAUUGUUGUGAUUAAUUAUUUGUUACUUGAAUGAAUUUAGGUUUUAUCUGUAAUGAAUUUUGACUUUUGAUUUUUAUUAGUUGUUGGUUGUUUGAUACAGGGUCAGGGUUUCGUUACUGGCGAAUAGUGAAUAUCGUUGUCUAGUGUCUGGUUGCUCAGUGUAGGAUAGUGAUCGCUCUCUAUCUCGUCCCGCUUGUUAAGUUGAGUGUUGCGAAUCCGUAUGUAUGCGACGUGGCGUUUGUAGCUCAGGACUAUUGGUCGCGAUUUAGGUGGCACGUCGUCUGUUCCUAGUUUAUUAGACCGGCGUUGUUGCGUGCGCGUCAAGAAGACCGAGUGAGUAGUUUGUGUGACUAGGUUCAGCUUGGCCAAUCGGGCUUGGUACGGAAGCUUCGGUAUUCCGGGAAUCAGCUUAAUCGCCGUUCUCUGGACCUUUUCCAGAAGCUCACUGUUUUUUUAAGCAGGGGCUGGCCGCUUGUAUGGAGUACUGAAGUUUAGGACGUACGAACACUUUUACAAAGUCAAAAACGUCUUAGCGUCGACAUGACUAAAAGCCCUACGUAUUGACCAUAACGUUCUAAGACCUUUGGCGGCUAUUGCGCGG